AUGAAUUACGGCUACGACAAUCAGUAUACAACCUCUUACGGCGCCCAUGGUGCCGCAGACGGUGGCGGUUUCGUGGCUGGAGAGCCGCAGAGCAGCCCUGCUGCCGGGAAGGGAGGUUAUGGGAAAGAUACUGUCCGACCGAUGACCAUCAAACAAAUUCUCGACGCAGAACAACCCCAUCCGGACGCAGAUUUUCGGUGCGAUGGAGAGCCGUUCAGCCAGGUCACAUUUGUCGGCCAAAUCCGCAGUAUAAGCACCCAGCCGACAAACAUCACGUACAAGAUCGACGAUGGGACGGGCCUCAUUGAGGCAAAACAGUGGAUUGACGGAGAGUCAAACAACACAGAGAAGAUGGAUGUUGACUCAAAUAAACCCAAGCUGGUAGAAGAUGGCUAUUGUCGAGUAUGGGGAAGACUGAAGGCAUUCAACAACAAGAGGCAUGUUGGAGCACAUAUCAUUCGACCUAUCACGGACUACAACGAGAUCAACUAUCACUUGCUCGAAGCAACGGCCGUACAUCUGUUCUUCACGAGAGGACCUCCCCCGAACGCGCAGACGAACGGACAGCAGAGAAACGGAGCGGUCAAUGGGUUGAUGGGGAAUGGAACUCGGCAGGAUUUUGCCGCAGACGGCCAGCUAGCCCAUUGCUCCCCGCUGGCACGGAAGAUUUUCGCCACGUUGAAGAACACGCCGCAAAGCAACGAGGGUUUGCACGUUCAGAUGAUUGCUUCUGCAAUGGGCUUAUCAACGAGUGAUGUGUACAAGGGCGCCGAAGAACUUGUUGCCGCCGGUAAGAUUUUCACGACCGUCGACGACAAUACCUGGGCAGUUCUGGACGGGUGA